AUGAAUAUCGUUCAAAACUGCCUCUCUAAAUUACUUGGAAUUCCAUCAACAAGUAUAUCCGUAGAGACAGUUUUUGAUGACUUAGGUAUUGACUCUUUACAGGCGAUUACAUUUAUUGAUCUGCUGUCGCAAACUGUUGGAAAAGAUGUAGACAUUGACAUACUUUAUAAAUAUCCAAAUAUCAAGAGUUUUGCAGGGCGAAUCCAAGAGUUAACUACUGAUAGUGCUCCGAUAAAACCAGUAAUUAAUAUUCAAAAUUAUACUCUUGAUAAAACAGCAGGAAUGCCAAAAGUAUACGAAUCAAUCGGCGAAAAAUCAUUAGAAAUUUUAUUACAAUUUAUUUCAAGUUCAAAGCAGCGGUUGUUAGAUGAAUUGCAUCAAUAUGGCGCACUGCUAUUCUGUGGUUUUGAUGUCAUAACAGCCGAACACCUUUCAGGGGUUGUAGAAUCAUUUACUGUUAGUAAUAAGUCAUUUCUAGACUAUCGUGAUGGUAUAUCACCGAGAACACGACUUACGACAAAAGUAUUUACAUCGACGGAAUAUCCAAAACGUGUUAAUAUGUCAUUGCACAAUGAAAUGUCUUAUUCCACCAACAUGCCGUCAAUAAUAUUUUUCUUUUGUGAAAUCCCGCCUGUUGAGAACACUGGUCAAACACCAAUCGGCGAUUCACGAGCGAUAUUCGAAUCGGUUGAUCACAAUAUACUUACCGAAUUUAUUGAGAGAA